GUGCACGACGCCACCUACAAGAGGAGUGCGAGUGGUUGGGGAUGGUUUUCUCGCGCAGUCCUUACCACCCGCGUGGUCAACGGCUCGCCUUGCACCAUGGGGGUGGAUAUUGCAAACGGUUGGUUUCCCAAAGAGCACGCCGACGAGCGGGGGGCACUCAUCGACACGAGUGGUGCAAUUUUUGAGCAGGCUGGCAUUCAUGUCCGCGGGUGCGCCCGCGAGGCCGCGGACAAGUGCGCGGGAUUUCAGAAGGCGCAGGCAGAGAAGCACCCCGGGGCACCGCUGUCUCACUGCCCGAGGCAUGUCCUCGAGAACGUGAAGAAGCAGGCUGCCCGAUUCACUGGGGGCCAGGACUGGGGGAAGUUUGCUGCUUCUUCCGCGUCCGAGGUUGCCUAUUACCCCGCGAAGUUGUUGCUUGCAGAAGCCAUUCAUGCCUUCUGUGCCCGGGCGGCGGAGGGUGGACACCAGUCGCUGGUGGCAUACAUGGCCGAGGUCUGCGAGUUUAACAACAAGAAGCAAGUCUUCGAGCCGUCCUGGUAUAGCGGGGCGGAGAGCGGUCAUGUUCCCGGCUGCACUCCAGGCAGCAUGUCCCAGGCGUUAGAGGCGCGAUUCAAGGUCCACCGCCACUCUCUGCCGGGAGACAUCCACGCGCGCGGCAUGGCGGCGUCCACCGAGCAUCUGGCUGGAUCACAGGAGCGUAUUCAUGUGCGGUUCGUGUCGGGUCCACCUGUGGUAAUGGGGGCUCAGAUCGCAUCCGACGAUCCCCUUCACGUGCCGAAUGCUCGAGCUUGCGCGAAGUCGGCCCCUGUGAACUUCCAGUGCAGUAGCAUCUCGCGCGACGUCGCCCAGAGGCUGUUGCGGGCCGUCCCGGAUCAAUGCCGAGCUGCCGCAGUCAUCAAGAACUCUAUCGACGUGCACUUCCUCACUGUCCCGUUCCACAGGUCUGCCAUGGCCGUCGAGAAGUACGCGCGCGUGGAGCACCUCAAGAUUCAUGCGGCCAAGUCGAAGACCCUUGCGCAGGAGGGCUUGAAGAGGCUGGACGUCAUCAAGGGCGACGGCCACCUCUCGCUUACGACGCUCCAUAUUCACACGCGGGAGGUCACAGGGGUGGUGGCGGCCGUGGAGAAGGAGGUGGGACGGAGAGCGCGGACUACGGGGGUAUUAUAUUGCACGGCUUACUGUAUGUGCCGGGUGCACCAGCUGAGGGGUCAGUGCAGCCAUUCCUUGUUUGGGCGGUGGGUCAUGGGCGACCCUGCCAUCGUGGCUUUCCCGAGUAUCCGUUUGGCUGCGGGCGCCGGCGUGCAGCCCGCGGCGGAGGUUGCCGCCGAAGCGCUCGCCGACGCUGUGGCCCCGAGCUCGGCCGGGCAACCUCGUGGCGUGGAGAUGCCGGCUCGCGCCGCCCGGCUUACGUUGGCGGACGUCCACGGGAAGGUCUCGCAGCGCAUCGCGGAGGCUGCCGGGAAGAAGAAGAAGAAGCUGGCGGCGCGGGCGCGCGCGUUGCUGGCGCCCCCAUCCCCGGCUGCUUCGGCGGGGCCGCAGGGCGGGGCUGGCGAAGGCGGCGGCGCUGAGGGCAGGAUGAAGGAACUCAACGAGAUCGCCGAGCAG